UCAGCAUUUCCUGCAGCAGAGAAGCACCUGACAGCAGCCGGGAGGGGGCGGGGCUUACAGUGAACACAGAUGAGUGGACGUACAGUUCCGUGGCGUCCUGGAUCCAAGCCUGAUUUUUACUUAACCGGACUGCUCUGCACUGUAGUGGGGUGAAGGGUGAACUAACUGGCAGACAGGAACACUGCUGAUGUCAGCAGACAAGAUGGCGACAACAGCUAGUGCAAAUGGAGCAGGGCCUGUAAAUGAAGGAAAGGACACCCUCAGUCCUGAGGAUCUGUCUGAGCUGCUGGCAGCAGGGACCAAGGAGGUUCACGAGAAGGCCGAAAACACACAGUUUGUGAAAGACUUCCUCAAGGGUCGCAUCCGCAAAGAGCUUUUCAAGCUUGGUGCCGUUGCUCUCUACUACACCUAUACCGCCAUGGAGGAGGAGAUUGAAAGGAACAAGGACCACCCCCACUUUGCCCCCCUAUAUUUCCCUACAGAGCUGCAUCGCCGCGAGGCCCUGGCCCGUGACCUUGAGUACUUUUACGGGCCUGACUGGCAGAGCGAGGUCAGCUGCUCCCCGGCCGCCCAGCGCUAUGUGGACCGUAUUCAUGAAGUAGGGCAGGAGGACCCCGUGCUGCUGGUGUCCCACGCUUACACCCGCUAUAUGGGUGACCUGUCAGGGGGCCAGGUGCUGAAGAAGGUGGCGCAGAGAGCCAUGAAGCUGCCGCCCACAGGGGAGGGCCUGGAAUUCUAUACGUUUGAUGGCAUCCAUAGUGCCAAAGAAUUCAAGCAGCUCUACCGUAGUCGGAUGAACGUGCUGGUUCUGGACGGGGAUACAAAGAAGAGGCUGGUGGCCGAGGCUGUCAAGGCCUUCCAGUUCAACAUGGAGGUGAGAGGCCAGGGACAAGGAAUGGUGGUUGGAGAGAUAGAGAAAAUAAGAAAUGUUGGCUAUGUCUGGAAACAUUAGUGCAGGGGUGUCAAACUC